CACCAUUGCAUCGUGCCAGUUUCAUGCAAUGUCAAAUUCAAGUAUGGUUUGCAAUGUUUGCAUCACGCUUUCGACUCCUGCAAAGUUCUUCUUGGUCGUUACCAUGCAAAAAUCCAGUACUUGGGUGGCUUGCUUGUCAGUUCGAUUUGUGGAGCGUGUGCAGCACAAAUUAGCAAUCACGCUUGCAUUUUUGCAAACUCAGCAGUCAAAAUGUCAAGGAAAGCUGGAUUGACGCUGCUCUCCUCUCCAAAUCUCCAAGUGAUACGAAAUUCACUCCAAACUGGAGCAAAUCUCAAACCAGUCCUAAUAAUCAGAAGCUUAACAUCCACAACGCACCUGUCACCUCGGGUGUCAUUUAUGUCGAAUGGUGACACCACAGGGCUUCUCUCAAACCGACCUUCACUCACAAAAUAUCGCAGCGAAGGACGACCCCUCACAAUACUCCUCCCAUGGCUCAUGGCCAACAGGAAAGCGGUGGAAAAGUAUGCAAAGGUCUACUUGGACAAAGGAUUCGACGUACUAACAAUCGGCAUGAGUGCGGCACACCUCCUUCUCCCCUCGCUGUACGAACCCAUCACAACGAAAGAAAUCCUGCCAACUUUAUUGAGCUCGGAUCACGAUGAAAAAAUUAUCCACUCCUUUUCCGUGGGCGGAUUCGUUUUUACCCGAAUUCAAAAACAUGCCGAGUUAUCUCCUCAUGGGGAGAAGUUUCUGGGGACGAUCAAAUCCCAAAUUUAUGACAGUAUGGCUGAUAUUACAUCGCUAAAGCUAGGAAGUAGUAAAUCCAUCUUUGUAAGAAGCCCACUGCUUCAAAAGGCAUUUUCCAACUAUGUCGAUCUACAUUUGAAAGUUUUCUCCGACUCGACGAAGACUUAUCUAGAGUCGAAAAAUAUUUUCUACAAUAAACCCGUCACGCAUGCACCGGCUCUAUUUUUGUCGUCUGAACUUGACCCAAUCAGCCCUCCAAGUAUGCACAGAGGGAUGAUCGACUGCUGGAGGGGGCAGGGGAUAACUUGUGAUCAUAAAGUUUGGAACGAUACGCCACACGUAGGGCAUAUGAAAGUAUAUCCCGAAGAGUACAAAGAGUUGGUGUGGAACCACUUGAAACGCAGUGGGAUUAACGUUGCGGAAAAGGAUGUAAUUCGUAGAAGGGAAGAAACUGUGAUAAACGGCGGUGACAAUUUUACCAAGGGGGAUAAUAAUCGAGUACCAAAUAUUGUACAGUACAAAACAUUGUAAAAUUGGAUGGAAUAUACAUAAUAAUGUUGAUAUUGAGCAACAAAUUUAUUUGUGAUUAAGCUUGAAAAAGCUCCGACACAAUGACCUGGGAUGACUAAACUACACUAAAUAUUUAAUAAGCAUUUCAAUAAAAUAGUUUCAUAAAUGAGACAAACAUUUUAUCGAA